CUGAUCCCACCCAAAUCUUGCACCCUGGCCAAAUGCCUCACCACUCUUUAACUUAGUCCAAUAAACAUGAAUGAAAGAUUGCAAAAGAUCCAAAGCAAAGACAAUUUUUAUUUCUCUCAUAACGGAGAAAUAUUCAAUAGCCAAUUGAAUCCCCAACGAUGGUUCUUGCUAUUGGCAUUUGCUUAACCAGUCUUUAAUUCCUGUUUGACAAACUUGAUAAGGUGCUACAGGCAGAUGAUUUUUCACCAUCUACCAAAAUGUGGAACAGACAUAUUGUUUUUUAUCUCCUGCUUUCACCAGCUUUUAUGAGUCAAACAACACAUGGACAAAGAAAGAAAGGAUCAAAGGCCAACUUACUUGCAAGGAAAAAUAAUCUCCAGGACUCCGCUUGCUUCAUAGAUGUUGUCUUCAUCAUGGACAGCUCUGAAAGUGUUAAAAUUAUCCUCUUUGAUAAACAGAAAGAUUUUGUGGCUAACUUGAGUGACAUGAUUUUCCAGAUGAACCCAGUUCACUACUUGAAAUACGACAUAAAACUGGCAGCUCUGCAGUUUAGCAGCUCUGUCCAAAUCGACCCACCUUUUUCUUCUUGGAAGGAUGUACAGACUUUUAAGCAGAGGGUCAAGUCUAUGAAUUUCAUUGGACAAGGUACUUUUUCAUAUUAUGCCAUCGCCAAUGCUACUAGGCUACUUAAGAGAGAAGGACGUAAAAAUGGUGUAAAGGUAGCUUUGCUGAUGACCGAUGGCAUCGACCAUCCAAAGAAUCCAGAUGUUCAAAGUAUUUCUGAAGAUGCCAGAACUGCAGGGAUAUUAUUUAUCACCAUUGGACUUUCUUCUGUAGUCAAUGAAACCAAACUUCGUUUGAUAUCUGGGGAUUCAUCUAGUCAACCCGUUCUACUGCUGAGUGAUCCAGUCCUUGUAGAUAAAAUAGAGGAUCGCCUGGAUAUCUUAUUUCAAAAGAAGUGUGAUCGCAAUGCCUGUGAAUGUGAGAAGGGGGAUCCAGGCGAUCCGGGGCCCCCGGGUACCGAUGGAAACCCAGGUAUCAAAGGUGAGCGAGGACCAAAAGGAAACCCGGGUGACGCUCAAAAAGGAGACCCUGGAGAAAGAGGCCCACGGGGAAUUCCUGGGUACAAGGGUGAGAAGGGUGUGCCUGGAGAAUGUGGUAAACCAGGAAUAAAAGGUGACAAAGGAUCCCCGGGGCCAUAUGGACCAAUAGGACCCAGAGGACUUCAGGGCAUUAGCGGACCUCCGGGGAACCCAGGCCCGAAGGGAAUUCAAGGCAAUAAGGGUGAGGCAGGUCCUCCGGGUCCUUAUGGUCCUCCAGGAGUCCCGGGUAUUGGACAGCAAGGUAUUAAGGGAGAGAGAGGCCAGGAGGGAAGAACUGGGGCUCCGGGACCCAUCGGCAUUGGUGAACCAGGCCAGCCAGGUCCCCGUGGUCCUGAGGGAGCACCAGGAGAGAGGGGCUUACCGGGAGAAGGAUUUCCAGGACCAAAGGGUGAAAAAGGUUCUGAAGGACCAAUUGGCCCACAAGGAUUACAAGGCCUGUCAAUCAAAGGGGACAAGGGGGACUUGGGACCUGUGGGACCCCAAGGACCAACGGGCAUGCCUGGAAUCGGGAGUCCAGGGGAACAGGGAAUCCAAGGUCCUAUUGGUCCCCCUGGUCCACAAGGACCCCCAGGACAGGGAUUACCUGGUUCCAAGGGAGAAGUAGGCCAGAUAGGACCUACAGGCCCUAGAGGACCAGUGGGGGUCGGAGUACAAGGCCCCAAGGGGGCGCCAGGAACAGCAGGGCUCCCAGGCCAGCCAGGAGUACCAGGAGAGGAUGGAGCUGCAGGGAAGAAGGGAGAAGCAGGGCUCCCAGGAGCAAGAGGCCCAGAAGGACCACCUGGAAAAGGACAGCCUGGCCCCAAGGGCGAUGAAGGAAAGAAAGGGAGCAAAGGAAAUCCAGGACAGAGGGGAUUUCCGGGGUCUGAAGGGCCAAAGGGUGAUCCAGGGGUUAUGGGCCCUUUUGGGCUUCCUGGAGCAUCAAUUCCUGGACCACCUGGGACAAAGGGAGAGAGAGGAGGACCUGGGGUGCCUGGGCUUAAAGGAGAACCUGGCUUUGCUAUUCGAGGACCAAAGGGUGCCCAAGGCCCUCGAGGACCAGUGGGUGCUCCAGGACUCAAAGGCGAUGGCUAUCCUGGUGUGCCUGGACCUCGAGGAUUACCAGGACCCCCUGGACCAAUGGGUUUACGUGGAGUGGGAGACACUGGAGCAAAGGGAGAGCCGGGUGUCAGAGGACCUCCAGGCCCCCCUGGGCCUCGGGGCGUGGGAACCCAGGGGCCAAAGGGUAAUAUUGGGCAGAAAGGCUUGCCUGGCCCUCCUGGCGCCCCUGGCUACGGAUCGCAAGGAAUUAAGGGAGAGCAAGGACCUCAAGGCUUUCCGGGGCCAAAGGGCACGAACGGCCGCGGCUUCCCUGGCCAGAAGGGGGAGCAUGGAGAACGGGGUGAUGCGGGGAUAAAAGGCAGUAAAGGGGAAACUGGAGAGCCCGGGUUGCCAGGAGAACAGGGGCUACAGGGACCAAAAGGAGACCAAGGACUUACAAAAGAAGACAUUAUCAAACUUAUUUUUGAAAUAUGUGGUUGUGGGCCAAAAUGUGAAAAGACUCCGUUGGAGCUGCUGUUUGUGAUUGACAGCUCAGAAAGUGUGGGGACACUAAACUUCAUGAUCAUCAAAAGUUUUGUGAAAACCCUGAUUGACCAGGUCACUCUGGACCUCACCAUAGUCCGCAUAGGCAUAAUCAACUACAGCCACAAGGUGGAGAGUGUGGCACAUCUGACGCAGUUCUCCAACAAGGAUGACCUCAAGCUGGCGGUGGACAACAUGCAGUACCUGGGGGAAGGCACCUACACGGCCACAGCCCUCCAUGAAGCCAACCUCAUGUUUCAAGCUGCAAGGCCGGGAGUAAAGAAAACGGCCUUGGUCAUCACAGAUGGGCAGACAGAUAGCCGAGAUGGGAAGAAUCUGACAGAGGUGGUGAAGAACGCCAGGGAUGCUAAUGUGGAAAUAUUUGUGAUUGGGGUGGUGGAGACAAAUGACCCCAACUACAAUAUGUUCUACCAAGAAAUGAAUCUAAUCGCUACGGAUAGUGGGCACGUUUAUCUGUUUGAGAACUUCACUGUCCUGCAAGACAAGCUGAAGCAAAGACUGUUUAAAACAAAUUGUAAGAAGUUUGGACCCUACCUCUCGGAAGUUUUGGGUUCAUCACCGCUUCAACCUGGACUUGGCACGUCAGGGGAAGAACUCAGCGUUCCCACUCCAGAGCCUCGGAAAGAAACUUCUGAGUCAGUCAAUGUCCUCGGACCCCAGGGCAAAGAGAAUGAGCCUCCAGAGCCUACUUGGGCUGCCUGGCUGGCCACCACCCCUUCACCUGAGGCUGCCACCACCCCUUCACCUGAGGCUGCCACCACCCUGGGGCCAAGGCUCAGCAUCCUCGAGGCUGAGGCAGAGGAGCCAGGAACAAGAACGCCCAGUCCCACUUUGAACUCAGAGUUGGAAAAGUUGGUGCACAAAGACCCUAGAUGUUUCGAAGACCUAAAGCCUGGAAACUGUACUGAAUAUGUGGUUCGGUGGUAUUAUGACCAACAGGUCAACUCUUGUGCCCGCUUUUGGUUCAGUGGCUGUAACGGCUCAGGAAAUAGAUUCACCAGUGAAAAGCAGUGUCAGGAAACCUGCAUUCGAGGAUGAGCUGGAGGAUAGAAAAAGAAGGCACUUGACAGCCAGGAACUACUUAAAACCCACAUCCAUUCUCGAGGAGGGCAUUUUAGAGAGAUGCCUUAGGCUGAAAAACGAGCCACCAAAUUGAAAUAUGACCCAACAGAGUAAUAGAUAACUGGCUGUGUCAUUUUACAAUAAUUCUGUGACGCCCCGUCUGGGAGGAUCUUCGGUUGUGAGCUGUCCUCAGACAGCACUUGUAUCUGUCUCACGCGCCCUUUCUUCUUCUUUCAGGCCUGUGACCCUCAUUCAAGGUCAGCGGUGCACACACACACACACACACACACACACAAAUGCUCGAGGAAGUUGGUGCUGGAAGAAGAGCCAUCUUAGUAAAAAUAAUUUUGUGUAGUUUGGUUAAAUUUUUAUGAUGUAAUAUUUGAUGCUACAAAAGAAUAUAAGCAAUGUAUUUGUCAGCUUAAAAAUAUUAUCAAAAGAUGAACACCACUGAAUACUUCACCCAGAGAAUGACCAAGCAUGACCAAUUCCACUGGGACUUCCUGUGUACCCCACUACCAUCCUAGCCCCCUAUUGCCUGUCAGGGAUAAUUCAUCUUGAAUUUUGUGUUUACCAUUUCACUUUGCUAUUGUUUUUUACAUGUAGUUUUACAUGUAAAACCAUAUAUAUCUCUAUGUAUCCCUAAACAAUACAUACUUUUGCUUAUUUUAGAAUGUAAUAAAAAUGGUACCAUACUUGAGUCUUUUGCAACUUGCUAUUUUCAUUCAAUAUUAUAAUUGAUCCAUAUGUCUUACCAUAUGCAUUCCUAAAAAUAUCUCAAUGUGUUAUUACAAAUUUAUUAUUUAGGCAUUUUGAGCUUUAGAAAAUUUAUUUCAUAAUAUAAUUCUUUGCAACUUGGUAUGUUAUUACGUUAUAAUUCAUUUACUUUCAUGGUUGUGUAUUUGUGUGAAUAUAUCAUAUUUAAAGAUUGUCUUGUCUAUGAUCAAUUACAUUAUUUCUGUUUAUUUACUUAUUUUUUUUUACUGGUUCAUCAGCAUCGCUAUAAAUACUCCUAUGCACAGCUUUGGGUGCACAUGUGCCAGUGUUUUCCUAGGAUAUAUACCCAAAAAUAAAAUUGCUGGGUUGCAGAAUAUGUAAA